AACCAGAAGGAAAGCUAUGCCGGGAUCUUUGAGGCGGCCGCCUGCAAACAGGGUCCUUGUGUCACAGUUCACGCAUCACCAUGUUGCCGUGUUCCUGCUCACAUUCUUCAGUUACUCUCUCCUCCACGCCUCCAGGAAGACGUUCAGCAAUGUCAAGAUCAGCAUCUCCAGCCAGUGGACCCCCUCCAGCCUUAAUGACACCGCCCUACAACUUCAGCCCUAUGAGCUGUGGAACAGCAGCCAUUUAUUUCCCGACACCGGAGAAGCCACACUCUUCCUUGGGACGCUGGACACCAUCUUCCUAUUCUCGUACGCUGUGGGGCUCUUUGUCAGCGGGAUCGUUGGGGAUCGUCUGAAUAUGCGAUGGGUUCUGUCGGUCGGCAUGUGCUCCUCCGCGUUGGUGGUGUUUGUUUUUGGGACUGUCACGGAAUGGCUGCACUUCUACAACAAAUGGUUUUACUGCUGCCUGUGGAUCGUGAAUGGCUUGCUGCAGUCCACCGGCUGGCCCUGCGUGGUGGCUGUCAUGGGAAACUGGUUUGGCAAAGCUGGGAGGGGGUUUGUGUUUGGCCUCUGGAGCGCCUGCGCAUCAGUCGGCAACAUCCUGGGAGCGUUCCUCGCGUCCUCGGUUCUGCAGUACGGCUAUGAGUAUGCUUUCUUGGUGACGUCCUCGGUACAGUUUGCUGGCGGAGUCGUUGUCUUCUUCGGCCUCGUGACUUCUCCCAAAGAAGUAGGCCUCCCCGAGGUUGGCGAAGAGGGUGCUGGUGGCGGGGCUGCCGAAGAAGAUGCCAACGAGCCUUUGAUGGGCAGGAGCGAUGAUGAUGACGAAGACGAUCAGAAUUAUACCAUUCAGGCCGCUGAUCCGAGCAGCGGCCCCCGGCCCAGGGCCAUUGGGUUUUUCCAGGCUUGUUGCCUGCCUGGUGUGAUAUUGUAUUCCUUGGCCUACGCCUGCUUGAAACUGGUGAACUACUCCUUCUUCUUCUGGCUGCCCUUCUACCUCAGCAGCAACUUUGGAUGGAAGGAGGCGGAAGCCGACAAGCUCUCCAUUUGGUAUGACGUCGGAGGGAUUAUAGGUGGCACCAUCCAAGGCUUAAUCUCUGACGUGCUGCAGAAGAGAGCGCCGGUGCUGGCUGUUAGCCUCAUCUUGGCUGUUGGGUCUCUCGUUGGAUACAGCCGGUCACCAAACAGCAAAGUCAUCAAUGCAGUUAUCAUGGCUGUUACAGGCUUCUUCAUCGGCGGUCCUUCCAACAUGAUCAGUUCAGCCAUUUCUGCUGACCUGGGACGUCAGGAAAUGGUGAAGGGAAGCAGCGAGGCUUUGGCGACUGUGACGGGGAUCGUGGAUGGGACCGGCAGCAUUGGAGCGGCUGUGGGUCAGUACCUGGUGUCCUUGAUCCAAGAGAACUUGGGAUGGAUGUGGGUUUUCUAUUUCUUCAUUUUAAUGACGAGUUCGACAGUCCUAUUCAUCUCGCCAUUGAUCGUGAGGGAAAUAAGUGCGCUCCUGAGAGAGAGGUCCACACGCAGGUUGGCUGCCUGACUGCCCCCGGUCACCAUUAAAUGGAGCUCUUCAAGGAAGGCCAGCGAAGAGAGAGUGGUUAUCGGAAUUUCCAG